GGCAUGCGCACACGCCCAGCGCCAGGGCCUGAACCCGACGCGGACCAUGGCGGAGCUGGGGGAGGCUGGCGAGGCGGAGCUGCAGCGCCUGGUGGCGGCGGAGCAGCAGAAAGCGCAGUUCACCGCACAGGUGCAUCACUUUAUGGAGCUAUGUUGGGAUAAAUGUGUGGAGAAGCCAGGGAAUCGUCUAGACUCUCGCACUGAAAAUUGUCUCUCUAGUUGUGUGGACCGCUUCAUUGACACUACUCUCGCUAUCACGAGUCGUUUUGCCCAGAUUGUACAGAAGGGAGGGCAGUAGGACAAAAGCCCUCCGGGACAAUGGCAGUAGCCAGAAGCUCACUGGAGGAAGAUGGUUAACGAUCAGUCAACUUCAGGCUCUUCUGAUGCCUGUUGGUGCUAAAAAAUAAUAGAUCAAAUGUUUAAAAGAUGAAAUUUAUUUAUUCAUA